AUGGACACAUGGCCGUCAAAGAAGCACACGUACUCAUCGACCUCGUCAGACUCGGACCUCUCCACCUCGUCCGGCUCGUACACCUCGUCAGCCGGCUCCGGGCGCUUCAGCAUGGACAGCACGGCACACCCCAUCGUUUACGUCGAGGUCAUCCGCUGCAUGCGCUGCGCAAAGUCGGCCGAGAUGACCUCGACCGACGAUGCCAGCAGCAGCGGCAUGGUCCAGAUCGGCACAAACAUCUACUACUGCAGCCGCUGCGCCAAGAUGGUUGGCUACAAAUGA